AUGCCUGAGACUGUAGCUGACAUGAGGCCAAUUGCUCUAAGUAAUGUGUUAUAUAGAAUUAUGGCAAAGUUGAUAGCUAACAGGAUGAAAUCGCUUAUGGGAGACAUAAUCUCAGAGUCCCAAAGUGCUUUUAUUCCUGGAAGACUAAUUACUGAUAAUAUUCUUAUAACUGCGGAGGUGGGGCAUUAUUUGAAUAGGAAACAGUGUGGUAUAACAGGCUGGGGGGCUUUAAAGUUAAAUAUGGCUAAAGCCUAUGAUCGAAUGGAAUGUGGCAGGUUAAUACCAACCCGGGGUCUCAGACAGGGAGAUCCACUUUCCCCAUAUUUAUUUAUUAUUUGUGCAGAAGCGAAUACUCAGGAGGCAGGUGUGAUAAAGGAGUGUCUGAAACGUUAUGAGGAGUUAUCUGGGCAAAAGGUAAAUUAUCAUAAAUCCAAUAUCUGUUUCAGUAAAAAUACUAGGGAAGAGGACAGGGAAAUGGUUGCCGAAUGUUUGCAGGUGGAUCAGGCGCCCAAUUUUGGGAAGUACCUGUGGCUGCCUUCUUUUAUUGGGAGGAAUAAGAGAAUGAUGCUCUCCUAUAAUGAGGAUAAGAUUAAACAAAGGAUUGGAUCGUGGAACAAGAAAUUGCUUUCACGGGCAGAGGACCAUGAACAGUAUUGGUCGGGGAGUGGUGGAGAAAGGGGAUUCACUGGAAAACCUGUGAUAAAUUAUGUGUCCCUAAGAAGUUUGGUGGUUUGGGAUUUAAGGAUCUCAAAAGCUUUAAUUUGGCUAUGCUGGGAAAACAAGCAUGACGUUUUCUCACAAAUCCCAGCUCCCUGGUUGCAAAGGUUUAUAAAGCACGGGGUACGUAGACGGAUUGGGGAUGGUAAAACAACAUUAAUCUGGGGAUAUCCAUGGUUGCCAGAUGAUCCUAGUCCUCUCGUUCAAACAGAUAUGCCUGAGGAACUCAGACAUGCCAAAGUUGCAGGUUUAAUUGAUGGCCAGACUAAUAUGUGGGAUCCCCAUAUCUUGUCAGAUUUAUUUAAUACUGAGGAUGUCAAUCGUAUACUCAGGAUCCCUGUAAGUCCUGGUUUACCUGUCACAAAUAUUGUUACAGAUUCUUUCCCUGUCUGGCUAACGGCUGCACUUGCAAUUUUGACAGAGGAACAGAGUGGUGUCUUGGUGGUGGUUCUAUAUCAUUUAUAG